AUGUUGAAGGCGCUGAGGUCCAAGCUGGGCCGCGGCAAGGGGUUGCCCGCGGACGGCCAGCAGGCACAGCCUGACAGCAGCACGCCUCGCGUCGCCGACAAGGAGCGUGACCUUCAUCAACACCUGCGGCAGCAUGAGCAACAACGGCAGCAGUCACUACAGCCACAACAGCAGCAGGCGCGGCAGGAGGCACAACAGCAGCAGCAGCAGCAGCAGCAGCAGCAGCAGCAGCAGCAGCAGCAGCAGCAGCAGCAGCAGCAGCAGGAUGCCGAGGAUGCAGAGGCUCUGGCAGCGCUGGACGCGGACCCGGACCCCCGUUUCGACGGCGUCAGGCGGCUGUGCCGGAUGGUCUUCAAGGCGCCCGUCACCCGCGUGUCGCUCGUGGGCGCGCCCGACGGCGCGAGGGGCGGCGCCGGCGCUCUGCUCGACGAAUGGGCGCCGCCGAGCGGCGAGCCGCUGAUAGUGGAGGACACCCUCUUAGACGACCGCCUCCGCCUCAGCCCCCUCGUCGCGGGCCCGCCCCGCCUCCGCUUCUACGCCGGCUGCGCCCUGCUGUCUAUUGCCGGCGCGCGGCUGGGCACGCUCUGCGUCGUCGACUGUCAGCCGCGGGCGUUGGACGGCGCGACGAGGAGCGUCUUGGUCAACAUGGCGGAGAUGGUGGUGCGCGACCUCGAAAAGGACUCGGCCCUCAGCCAGGUGCACGAGCCGACCGCCGCGCCCGCGGCGCAGUUCGAGUUCUCCGUCGCGGGCAGCGGUCGCACCAGCGCGAUCGGCAGCAUCAGCAGCUCAAGGAACAGCGGCCGCAGCACAUGCAGCUUCCGCGGCAGCGGCCGCAGCGCGGGCGGCGCCAGUACGGCGGCGGGGCGUUACGGCAUCACCACAAGCGCCAGCACGAGCGGGCGCCACGCGCCGGCCGCGGUGCCGUCGCGCAGCGACGACGGCCUGUGGCCCUCACCAACGUUCCAGGCCGCCGGGGGCGGGGCGCCGCCACAGUCGCCGCACGUGUCUGGCAAUGUGACCAUCGCCAGUGCCGUCGGCGACGUGGUCAGCGCCCGGCUGGGCUCGCUGCACAGCAGCGGCAGCAGGGCGCUGUCGGGCGCGUUCAGCGACUUCUCGGGCCUGAUGACUACGCUAUCUCGAGGCCAGAUCUUCAGCUCGCCCGCAGACCACAGCCUCUUUGCAGAGAUCAAGUUGGGGCCGCUGCUGGGGAAGGGCAGCUUCGGGCGCGUGUACGCAGGCACUUGGCACGGCACCCAGGUGGCGAUCAAGAUUAUUGAGCUGCAGCAGGAUGAUAUCACCGGUGACUCUGAUGAGGUCAUCACCGAGGACAGCCACGCCGGGGUCUUCGGGCUCGGCCCUGCACAGCACGCCGCCGCUGCUGCCACCGCUGCCGCCGCCGCCUCCGCCGCCGGCACGGUGGACGCCCACGCUGCCGCCGCCGCUGCCGCGUCCGCGCAGCGCCGCGCGGCGCGCGCGAACGCGCGGCGCGCGGCGCUGCUGGAGGGCCUGCUGCAGGAGCGCGUCAGCCACCCCAACGUGGUGCGCAACUUCAAGUUCCUCACACGGCCCACAGAGGCGCCGUGCCGCCAGCAGUCCGACAGCGACGAUGACGGCGACGCCGCCCCUGCGGGCGCCAGCUGGCGGGCGCCCGCGCCGGCGGCGGCGGCGUUUGGCGUCGAGAUCGGCGCAGGCGCGUUGGACGGCGGCGACGGGCGCCGGCGCGGGCACGGGUCCAGGGAGCGGCUGCGGGGCAUCGAGGCGUGGCUGGUCCUGGAGUACUGCGGGUUGGGCAGUGUCGCCGACGCGAUCGAUGCGGGCUGGUUCAAGGCCGGGCGCCGCCUCAGCAUCGGCGAGCGCCCCGGCGGCGGCGGCCGCGCCGCCGCCGCCGGCAGCGAGCUCAACGUGCGGGCGGUCAUUACUACGGCGAGGGAGAUCGCGGCCGGCAUGACCUACUUGCACAGCGAGGGCGUGCUGCAUGGCGACCUCACCGCGUUCAACGUGCUGCUGGCCGCGGCGCCCGAGGGCGCAGAGCGCGACCCGCGGGGCUUCGUGGCCAAGGUGUCUGACUUUGGCCUCAGCCACACCGUCUGCGACGAGGACGGCGUCAUCUCGACGCGCACAUACGGCACCGUGACGCACAUGCCGCCGGAGCUGCUGCUCGAGGGCCGCAUGAGCAAGGCCGCGGACGUGUACAGCUUUGGUGUGCGCCUCAGGGCGUGCGGCCGCGUGCCGAGCGGGGAGCGAAGCAAAUCUGAGAGCUGA